AGGGCAGAUUGUAGUCGUACAACUAUACGGUCGUCGACACUUAAGUCUUUACCAAAACUGUGCGGGAUAAUCCAUAAAAAAAUUAUAUGAAAAAAGGCCGCUGGGAGAGAUAUAUUGUUAUGUAGACUUCCAAACUGAACGUCACAAUUUUUUUUCCUAAAAAAAUAAAAAAAAAACAAAAACAAAAAAAUAAACAACAUCCCAUAAAGCUUGGAUUAGAUCUCUUUUUUUAAAAGUGACUAAAAGACAUGGGUUAUGACCUUAGGCGAUUUCAUGGGGAGGUAGAUGAAGAACUUAUUUGCCCCAUCUGUUCUGGAGUUCUUGAGGAACCAUUACAGGCACCUCAGUGUGAACAUGCUUUCUGUCGAAUCUGUAUCCAUGAGUGGCUUACUCGGCAACAGACAUGCCCCGUUGAUCGAACUCCUAUUACACCACUACAGCUCAAGUCUGUGCCUCGUAUUCUUCGUAAUCUUUUGUCUCGACUCCUUAUUUCCUGUGAUAACUCUACCUUUGGGUGUGCUGCAGUGGUGAAGCUUGAUAGACUUUCAUCACAUCUAGAAGGAUGCGAGCAUAACCCAAGAAGGCCCGUACAAUGUGAACAAGGAUGUGGAUUAGUUGUUCCCAUGGAUGAGCUUAAGGAUCACAACUGUAUCAAAGAACUUCGAGCUUUGGUGGAAAGUCAACAACAGAAAAUGAAACAGUUUCAACAGGAGCUAAGUGAACAAAAACGAGAGAUUAACAUGCUCAAGGAACAUAUACAUUCCUUCAGGUUAUCCAGUCCUUCUGUCCCAAGUCUUAUGGAAUCUAUUGGACUUGAUGAGAUCUCUCGAUGGUCCAGCUCUCUCCAGAGAGCUAGAGUUACACGGUGGGGAGGAAUGAUAUCAACACCCGAUAUUGUGUUGCAGGCGAUGGUGAAGAGGGCACUAAGUGAAAGUGGCUGUCCACCACAUAUAAUCAAUGACCUUAUGGAAAAUGCUCAUGAGCGGAGGUGGCCCCCAGGGCUCAGUACCUUGGAGACACGACAGACAAAUCGUAGACAAUACGAAAACUACGUCUGUAAACGAAUCCCUGGAAAACAGGCUGUUGUUGUAAUGACAUGUGAUAACAGCCACAUGAAUGCAGAUAUGCUUCUUAACCCUGGGCUAGUCAUGAUUUUUGCUCAUGGAAUAGAAUGACGUUGAACCCCUGUUUUUUCUGCACAUAAUUUUAUAUCAGUUCUAGUCCACAGUUGGGUGUUCUUUUGUCAUUUUGAUGCUCAAAACUUGUUGUUUUUGCUCUUGGCAUUGCAUUUAGCUGUUUUCUAAAAAGAAGUUUCUCUUCUAUAUAGGCCAAGAUUUACUUUCUGAACAUUGUAAAAACAAUUGAAGAAAGAAAUCUUCUGCUGACAUACAUUUUUACUUUUACUAAUACUAGUAAGCUGGAAAAACAUUUUAGGACCAGGAGAUGUAAAAUGUAAACUCUUAGCAAGUAUAUAGAAAGUUAUAAAAUGAUUUUAUUACAAAUCACUGUAAUUAAUGGGCCAUUGUCGGGUUUAAAUUAUAAAUCAGUAUUAUUAAAAAUCUUGAUUAUUUGUUUUAACUAUGAUACAUUUUUAUGGUAUAUGUUUGUAUAUUUUUGAUAUGGGGGGGGGGGGGGAUGAGUGAGCAAAACAACUGAAGAAAUUCAAUUGUUUUUUCAAAAAGUUAUAAUUAUCCAAGUUAUAGAAAUUAAAGAUCACUGACAGUUUUGGAAGGAGUUGAUGACAAAACACUGGAAACAAGAAACAAAUUUUUACCAUACAUAUUCUUAACACAUUUCUAAUUGAAUAAUUAAAUAAUCUUGUCAAUAUUUUUUUCAUAUUUAAGAAACAA